UUUUCUAUGAGCUCUGAAAUUGUUUCUAUGCCUAAUAUAUAACAGGUUCUCAAUAUUUGUUGAAUAAGUGAUUCUAUAUUGCACUCAAGAUUCCAUAUUUAAUUAGUAAAAGUCUGAAAGAUAUUGCUCAAAAGCCUUUAUUCUAUCAAGUUAGCAAAAUUUCUGCAAACUAUUUCUUGGUAAACAUUUUCAAACUUAGCAGUUUUAAUCAAAUAUUUAAUGAAAUGAAAAACUUCAUUUUUGUGUAUCUGAUCACAUAAGCAGCAAGUCUCCCCAAUUCCUCAAGCACUUUAAAUAAUUUUGCCAGAUAUCACUGAUCAACUUUUAAUGACUCAGCCUAAGAAAUAAAAAAUCAAGUAUGAAACCAAAUUAUUGCACUUGGUACAUUAGAAAUCACAUAAAUUGAACUAUACUAAUUGCUGAUAUUGAACGGUUUUUGACCUCCAAAAAUGGCAAUUUUUAUAUGGCUCACACUAAAUAUGUUUAGCAUUAAAUAAUGUGUUUUAAGAAAUAUUACAAUAGGGCUUCUAAAGCCUCCCAGUUCUCUGUUUUACUCUUAUCAUCUCCUGUCUGUUAGGGGUGUGGCAGGUAUUUUUGGAGAAUUUCACAAUCUUAUAUCUCUCCUACAUAAAAUAGGCAACUUGUAGUUUAAAAAGAGUAUAAACUAGUAGUUUUGUUUUGGUAACUAUCCUAAGGGGCUAGUACGAAUAACCAAACCUUUUAUAGAGAGAAUACACUGUAAGUUCCUUAAUGUUCCUCAAUUGUUCAGGUCAGUGGUUCACAACCUUUAACGUUCAUGACAACCAACAGAGAACUUGUUUCUGGGCCCUAUCCCCAGAGAUUCUGAUUCAGUUUAGGUCGGGGUGGGGCCCACCAAUUUUACUUCCUAACAAAUUCACAAAUUAUGCUACUGCUGUGGGUACUAAAACCACUUUUAAGAACCACUGAUCUGGGUAUAGAAGAAACUAUUUAUAAGCAGGCUUUUUCUUCUUUUGGUCCUUAGAUAAAUAAAACUCAAGUUGAUGAGGUAUGAUUUUUACCUUAAAUCAAAACCAUUUUUGGUAAAGUACUACCUCAGCUCUAUUGUAAGGUAAAUGUAAAUUAGAUUUGCUUUGACUUAGCUGCUACAGACCACAAUUACAGGAUAACUAACUGAGGAAUUUAUUCACUUGUCCCUUCUUUUGAACCUCACUGUGCUCUGGCAUGCCAGGAGGUGCAACGGUCGUCCCAGCUUUGCACUUGGCGCUCCAGGCCUGGGUCAUUUCACUUGAGUUAUCAGAGGCAGCGCGUCCAGUUUGACAAACUCUGCCGGAGGCUCCUGAUAGAGAAGGGCGUGGGCGCCAAUCUAGGAGACAAAGCCUGACUCGUUGCGAAGAGCCAACCCAACCCCAUCCCCGAGUCUUAUUUCCAGGGACAUUUUCGGAGCCGAGGGCGCCUCUGCAAGAGCACUGCGGACAGGUUCCGACUCGCCGGAGAUCGCGCGACGAAUCUGCGCCUCGAACCCUCGCUUUCCAGCAGUCGCCGGAUUGCUGCCCCACAGGGAGCCAACCCGCCCGAGGACCAGCCCAGCCCGGGCUCUCUGGAUUCGUAGGCUGUGCAGGCGGCGAGCUCGCCCACGCAUCUCAGCCCACUCCCUCGUCCUCCUCCCGGCGAAGAUGUCCGCCAAGCCUGAAGUCGGCUUAGUGCGCGAGGCUUCUCGGCAGAUCGUGGCCGGUGGUUCUGCAGGUCUUGUAGAAAUUUGCCUGAUGCACCCCCUAGAUGUGGUGAAAACCAGGUUUCAGAUUCAGAGAUGUGCAACUGAUCCAAACAGUUAUAAAAGCUUGGUAGACAGCUUUCAAAUGAUUUUCCAAAUGGAAGGAUUGUUUGGUUUUUACAAGGGAAUUCUGCCACCUAUCUUGGCUGAAACCCCAAAAAGAGCAGUGAAGUUUUUCACCUUUGAGCAGUACAAGAAAUUGCUGGGAUAUGUGUCACUGUCACCAGCAUUGACAUUCGCCAUUGCUGGAUUGGGAUCUGGACUAACAGAAGCCGUUGUAGUUAACCCUUUUGAGGUAGUAAAAGUUGGCUUGCAAGCAAAUCGGAACACAUUUGCAGAGCAACCAUCCACUAUGGGUUAUGCAAGACAAAUCAUUAAGAAGGAAGGCUGGGGACUCCAGGGCCUCAACAAAGGAUUAACUGCAACUUUGGGACGACAUGGAGUUUUCAACAUGGUUUAUUUUGGCUUCUACUACAAUGUCAAAAACAUGAUUCCUGUCAAUAAGGAUCCAACCUUGGAGUUUUUGAGAAAAUUUGGGAUUGGUCUUCUCUCGGGGACAAUAGCCUCAGUCAUUAACAUCCCUUUUGAUGUUGCCAAAAGUAGGAUUCAAGGGCCUCAACCAGUUCCUGGAGAGAUCAAGUACAGAACCUGUUUUAAAACAAUGGCAACAGUCUAUCAGGAAGAAGGGAUUUUAGCUUUGUACAAAGGCCUGCUUCCCAAGAUUAUGAGACUUGGACCAGGUGGUGCAGUGAUGCUGCUGGUUUAUGAAUACACCUAUUCAUGGCUUCAGGAGAACUGGUGAUUGCCUAGGAAGUGUUUUUCCCCCUUGAGAUAAUGGAUAUUUGCUAUGCAGCACCAUGAAGAAGAGAGACUAUCGACCAGCCAGGUGUAUAAUUAUGAAAGAGAAAACUGUUCAAGAACAAAAUCUAUUUUAAUACUUUAAAAAUAUCUAUAGACAACUUGAGAUGAUAGUUUUGGCUGUAUAAAUAAAACUGUGAGAAGAAAAAAUAAUAUGGAACAAUGAGGUAUUUAAAGUGAAUAUAGGAAAAUAGCAUAGAAAUCAUGUAUUUUGUAAAAGAAAUAUAAACUUUGUCUCCUAUGUUCCUCUUCACUGCUUCACAAUGAAAAUUCAUUGUGUUGAUCAGUAUUUUUUUCUAAGAGGUCUAGAAAUGCUUAAACUAUUGAAAAUAACUCAAAUCAUUCAAAGACUGGGUUAAAAAAAGUUAAGCCAAAAUUUAAACAGUUUUUAUAAUGAAUUAAAUUAUUCCAUAAAUAAUAUUUAAAGAGCACAAGAAAAAUGCUUUAAAGUGCACUAAAAUGACCUUUUUAGAAUGUUUAAUUUUAUGAAUACUAUGUUAAAAUGUAAAUCUGUUGGUUUUCUGUAGUAUCUAUGCACAUAUCAGCUCUAUUUUCCUACAUCUACUUUAUAUCUCACAUUGCUGUAAGAUAAUAAACAGGUAUUUUAAAACAUUGUUUAGAACAGAAUGUUAAAACACUGUUGUUUAAGCAUGUAUUUUUAAAUCACGAUAUCCCAAAUCUCUUCUAACAAGUAGGAAACAUGCAAUAAAAUUUACUUUGCU